AUGCUUUCUACCAUAUUAAAAACCGUUGUGGUUUUAUUUUUGGUUUCCACCUAUAAGACGCUUCCCUUCGCGUACUUGAUACGUUUCUACGCCCUUGUAUUCAAACACAUUGUUGUACACAAAAAUGCUUUUAUCCAAACGAGAAAAAACACAUUUGGAUAUGGCUCUUCCAAGCUUGACAUAUUCAAGGCUGUGUCUUACUCCACUUAUGCAUCGCCACUAGAAAUUGACAUGUACUUGCACAAGUCCAAUUCUACCUAUUUGAUAGACUUGGACAUUGCUCGUACUUCUUUUGUGUGUCAAUUGUUCCAGAAAUUGUUCAUGAAUGCUUGGUUAAACGAGACUGGUGAGUUCAAGUCCCAAUCGCUUCAAAACUGUCCGUACAUCCCCGUGGGAACAAUUCAAUGUGUCUUCAAACGCGAGAUUAAGUUGUUCCAGCGCUACACCAUCACAUCCAAUGUAUUAGCUUGGGAUAACAAAUGGCUUUACAUUCUACUGAAAUUUGAAGCAACAGAUGGCAAGUUGUGUGCUCUCGGAAUUACAAAGUACGUUUUCAAGAAAAAGGGUAGAAUCACUUUGAGACCCAGAGAAUUCAUUGCGGAGUGCGGUAUGUACAACGACGAGGUUGAAGCGAUCAACCAAAAGAACUAUGAAUUGGUAAGCCACCUUGAAUCGUCUGAGGGUUUAGAAGAACUAGCAGCAAGAAUGGAGAAAUCUUAA